CUAGUAAUGGUUACCAGCUCCGAAACUACACACCAAAACAUCGUGUGGCGAUCAACGGAAAACGCAAGUUUUUGAUCAGGAACUCCCCCAAGUUUCCUGAAAAAUCCCGUCGAAUCGAGCACCACAAAUUAGGCUGUAAGUGACGCAUAUCAGUUCCCGAGCUAUGGAUCGAAAUCCAGCCAGUAUGAUGGACGUUUUGAGUGAUGUAACAGACGUUGAAGACAGCGAUCUGUGCGAUUGGCAGUUGCCGCUGGCGUACAUGAAGAAACGCCAUACUGAACGCAUUGAAGGCAGCAAGACUGAAACACAGACAUGGCGCAUGAAGGAACGGAUGAAAACUGUCAGCGUUGCCCUGGUAAUGUGUCUCAAUGUCGGCGUAGAUCCACCAGAUGUAGUCAAGACAUCACCGUGUGCGAAGAUGGAAUGCUGGAUAGAUCCGCUGUCUACAAGCCCACAGAAGGCUCUUGAAGCCAUCGGCAAUAACCUGCAGAAACAGUACGAACGCUGGCAACCACGGGCCCGAUACAAACUCUGCCUGGAUCCCACCGUGGAGGAAGUCAAGAAACUGUGUACGUCCCUCCGACGCAACGCCAAAGAAGAGCGGGUUCUCUUCCACUACAACGGCCAUGGGGUGCCCAGGCCUACCACCAACGGAGAAAUAUGGGUCUUUAACAAGACCUACACACAAUACAUCCCCUUGUCAGUCUACGACCUUCAGUCCUGGAUGGGCAGCCCUUCCAUAUUUGUCUACGAUUGCUCCAAUGCUGGCCUCAUCCUGGAGUCCUUCGAGCAGUUUGCCGUUCAGAAGGAGCAAGAGAGAGAGCUGGCCAGCAUCAACAGCCACUCCCUGUCCAACUCCCAGGCCCCUGUCCCCGCACCAGCCAAGAACUGCAUCCAGCUAGCAUCUUGCGGUCCCAACGAGCAGCUGCCCAUGAAUCCGGAGCUUCCAGCGGACCUCUUCACGGCCUGUUUGUCUACGCCGAUUAAAAUAGCUCUCAGAUGGUUUUGUUUACAGAAGAGCAGUGAAUUGGUGCCGGGCGUUACAGCAGAACUUGUAGACAAACUACCGGGUAGAUUGAAUGACAGGAGGACGCCCUUAGGAGAGCUGAACUGGAUCUUCACUGCUGUCACGGAUACCAUAGCAUGGAAUGUGCUACCUAGAGAGUUAUUCCAGAGGUUAUUCAGACAGGAUCUUCUAGUCGCGAGUCUUUACAGGAAUUUCCUUCUAGCAGAGAGGAUCAUGAGGUCGUUCAACUGCACGCCCAUGUCUAGUCCUAGGCUACCGCCCACCUACCAACACACUAUGUGGCAAGCCUGGGACCUAGCCUUAGACGUCUGCCUAGCCCAGCUGCCGGGCCUCUUACAGGGGGAGGAGUACGUUCACAGUCCCUUCUUUGCUGAGCAACUCACAGCUUUUCAGGUCUGGCUGACCAUGGGUUCGGAGAGGAGGAACCCACCUGAACAACUCCCUAUCGUACUGCAGGUUCUCCUAAGUCAAGUCCACAGGUUACGAGCACUCGACCUCCUAGGACGAUUCCUGGACUUGGGUCCCUGGGCUGUCAGCUUGGCCUUGUCGGUCGGAAUCUUCCCCUAUGUCCUCAAACUUCUUCAGAGUUCGGCCAGGGAGCUCAGACCACUUCUUGUCUUCAUAUGGGCCAAGAUACUUGCUGUCGACAGGUCCUGCAAAGCAGACUUGGUGAAAGACAACGGUCAUAAGUAUUUUCUGUCUGUGCUUGCAGAUCCAUAUAUGCCGGCCGAGCACAGAACAAUGGCUGCCUUUGUGUUGGCUAUGAUUGUCGAGGACUACGCCAACGGACAAGAAGCGGCGUUGCAAGGCAACGUCAUCGCCAUCUGUCUAGAACAGCUGAACGACACCCACGCCUUGCUGCGCCAGUGGCUGGCCCUGUGCCUAGCCAGGGUCUGGACGAUGUUUGAAGCGGCCCGGUGGUGCGGCGUCAGGGACAGCGCCCACGAGAAGCUGUACAGGCUACUCAGUGAUCCACUACCAGAGGUCCGAGCAUCGGCAGUGAUAGCGCUGGGAACGUUCAUCGGGAACGGGACAGAGAGGACAGACCAUGCCAUCAACAUUGAUCACAACGUGGGCAUGACGCUCAUCAACGUGGUGCAGGACGGAAGUCCCAUUGUCAGAGAGCAACUGGUGGUGGCACUCUUCCAGCUCAUCAAGCAGUUUGAGUCGCAGUUUGCCUCCAUCGCCCGGCAGAUCCUUGAAGAGGACCAGCGGAGCGAUGAGAACCAGACGCCGGUGGGCGCCGGUGUAACCACUGGUGGGUGGCUGCUUGUGCACGACCCCCUGGGAGCCAAUGUCCCACAGGGUCAGGGUUCAACGAAUCGGAGAAUGUCCUUACAACAGGCCCCCUCCUCCGCCUCCAACUCCGCCUCCUUGCGACGGACCAAUCAGCAUCUACCUCACUCCACUAGUGCUGGCAACCUUCUGUCGUAUGGUCAACAGAUGUCGAGGUCACCGAGCACGGGCAGUACCAACGCAGUCACCAACGGCGCUACAACGUCGUCGGGGAGUGGGGACGCCUACGCCGUCAACGGGCCGGUCCUGUUUGACAAAGUCCGUCGUCUGUCCCCGGGCGUCAACAACAUCUUCUCAUCCAGCUACAACAACGUGUAUGCUCAGAUCUGGAAGACCAUGUUGGUCUUGGCGUCGGACUCCCUACCUGCAGUCAAAAGGCUGGCACAACAGCUGGUCAACCAGAUCAAUCUCAAGGCGACAGUCAUGGCCAAGCCCCAGCAUGUGCUACAUGACAACAGAAGGGCCUCAUCCUCGGCACCCAACAGCCCCUCUACCAGAAACCACAGCGCCUCUCCACAAAACCUAAGUGAUUCGCCACCUCCCUCCACGCUCAACAUCCCCAACGAGAUCUUCAAACCGGUGCCCAUCCGGGCCGGUGAGCAGCCGCCCCCAGCGAGGCCGCCCAACCCCGCCCCCAUCGGCUCGCAGUUCCCCCACUCUCAGCAGUUCACGCGGGUGCGCAAGCUGUUCGACAAGGGACCCAGCAUUACGUAUGAAGAGUUGGAGGCUGUUACGGUGAACACAAAAGACCUGAACCUCUCCACUAACUUCACCAACUGGUGCUGCAAGUACUUCGCCCAGUCCGUCAUGAGGGCACCUGAGGAGAUGGAUCCGUACAGCACACUACAUCAGGAGAGAGAGUGGAGGUUCCUACGCAACGCAGUAUCACGGAAAGAAGCGAGGGAACAGCUACAACGAGCUGCGACGAGUCGCCUAGACGACCAGAUCUUCAUCAAUAGGAAUCAAGGUAUCCCCGUAGCCCUGCGCUUCCAGCAUUUCAGUCCUCACAUCGUUGUGGCCGACAAAGAAGGUGUAUGUGUGUGGAACUGGGAGAACGGAGAAAAGCUGAACUACUUCUCGCAUCUGAACCACAAAGACACCAAGAUCACGUCAAUGGACAUCAUGAACGCACAUGACAUAUCCCUACUAAUGACUGGAUGCGACGACGGAGCUGUUCAGAUAUGGCGUAAUUACUUACCAGACUCCAACGCACCUGUAGAGCUUGUUACCUCAUGGCAUGCUCUCUCCGACAUGCUGCCCUCGGUCAAAGGAGCUGGUCUGGUCCUAGAUUGGGAGCAGGAAUCAGGGAUGCUGCUAGCGUCGGGGGACGUACGAACCAUCAGAGUCUGGGACACUCAGAGGGAACUUAAACUACAGGAUAUACCAACCGGAGCAGAUAGCUGCGUAACUAGCCUGGCCUGUGACUCAGUAGGCAGGUCGCUAUUGAUAGCUGGUUGUGGGGAUGGCAGUGUCAGGCUAUAUGACAGGAGGCUGGCUCCAACAGAAAGCCGAGUGAUGACGUUAAGAGAGCACAACAGUUGGGUGGUCAACGUCCAUCUUCAGAAAGGGGCCGGAGAUGGCAAGAUCAUCAGUGCAAGUGUGAAUGGGGACGUACGUUUCUGGGAUCCACGCUUCACGGAAUCGGUCAAACUCAUCCAGACCAAUUUCAACACGCUAACUACCAUGGCCGUCCACCAGCAGGCUAAUAUAUUUGCAUGCGGUUCAGCCAAUCAGCUCAUCAGUGUCUUCAACAUGUCCGGGGACACGCUCAGUAACAUCAAGUACUACGAAGGGUUCAUAGGUCAACGGAUUGGUCCGGUCAGCUGCCUUGCGUUCCAUCCACUCAAGGUUUAUUUAGCAUCAGGAAGCAGGGAUUCCUUCCUCUCCAUCUACUCCACGGAGAAGAAAACCAGAUGAUAGUCCGUAAUAAACAGCUAUUCAAGCAUUUUACUUCGUACACCACCAUUUCAGGAUUUUUACUUUAAAAGACAUACGGUCUAAAAUCAAGUGACAACUGAAGAGCUCUUCCAAUGAACUAUGACAAGCAGGCCAGAUGACCCAAUAGGCACAGUAGGCACUGUGCCAAGGGCCGACGAAAAUUCUGGGGCCAACAAAAAAUGUGAGGGCCUACGAAAAUACCGCAGUGUGCCAACAGGCUUAUAGAGCUACCAGUUUG